GAGGCUGGCCUAUCCAAGGCAGAUGUUGGGUUUGAGUUGGCAGAGCUAGAGGAAGCAGCUCGUCUCGUGCAAGAAGAAGAGGAUCUUCAGACCGCAUCAGACACUGAUCCCAGGCAACCAGCAGCCCUCCUCCUUUCAGAAACAUCCAGCAGUGAUUCCUCCUCUGAGACAGAAGACGACUCAUCGAACAGCAUAGAGUCGGAAUCAGAGGAUUCAUCUGCAUCUCUCCAGAGAGAUACGGACAACCUUUACCUGGAGGACAUUGAGCCGAGCCAAAAUCCGCAGUCUACAGCUGAAAAUCCACACUUUUCAGGGAGCCCGACACCAGUUCCCUCCAAAGUGGUUGAAGUUAUAGAUGAAGAUUUUCAAGAAAUUACCCACUCUCUGCAUUCAUCAGUGCAUAGCCAAGAGGUUCCAGCAACAAACUGUGCUACCCCACUUCCAGAGAAUAUUACAGUGAAUCCUCCAGCCAUAGAAUACUUGGAAGUAACUCCAGGACCAAAUCCACUUCUCAUCAUUAGUCAGUCUGAUCAAGAGGGUAACGUAGCACUAGGGAAACCUGAGCCCUGCCCUACUCAAACGUUGGACUAA